AUGGACUUCUACUCUAAUCUGCCAGUCGAUGCGACUGCGACGCCGACGCUGUUCGAGAUCACGUCGUCGCACGAAAUCGAUGGGCUGCUCAAGCCCACGUUCCAGUACCUGUCGGCGAAUGCCAUUCAGCGGGCGCCCACGCGGGCGCGGAUCAUGCUGCACUCGCGGUUCGACGAGCUGUAUGCGCUGCUGAAGCUGCUGCUGGAGUACUACCACCUGGACAAGUACAACGCCACCUUCAUCGAGAAGUACUACGGGCUGCAGCGCGAGUCGGUGGCCGGCGGGGUGGCCGGCGCGCGCCUGUCCAGGGGGCAGGUGGCGGUGGUGCUAUGCGAGAAGGUGGCGGCCGUGUACGUGCGGGACAAGCUGGACCAACUGCACGGGAGGCUCUACGGGCGGCGGCUGACGGCGAAGCUGAGCGCGUGGGAGCGGUGGUUUGUUCGCUGGUACCCGCACCUGAAGAAACUGGUCGCGGUCGCGAGCCUGCUGUGCAAGCUGCGGUACCUGUCGGGGCGGUCAAGGGCGACGUCCGUGCUCGACUACCUCGCGGGCAUCCAGUACGCGCGGCUCUCGCAGCCCGCUGGUGCCGACGCAGUGGCGGCUGCCGGCGCCGCCCUUGCUCGCCCGGUGCGUACGAACUGGCCCCGCAUCCGCGAGCUCAUCUACCGCUUCCUCAAGACGACAGGCGGCGCGCUGGGCGUGCUGACCAGCGAGCUGUUCCCGACGUUCAUCUUCACCGUCAGGCUGCUGCAGCAGUGGUCGCAGCAGCCCACCAAAAAGCAGGACCCGUGGGAUACCCUGUCCUCGGCGCCGCCGGCGCCGCGACCCGAGGUCCUGGUCCACGGUGACGCCGAGGCGACGGACGCCGCAGAGGGCGAGCCGUACAUCAGCGUGCGCUGCCCCGUGUGCCGGUCAGCCGUCAGCAACCCGGGCGUCCUGCAGACUGGGUAUAUUGCGUGCUACCCCUGCGCAGUGCGCUAUGUAGAAAAGCACGGGAAGUGCCCCGUUAUGCAGACGCCACUCCUGGGCGGACCCCGCGGGAUCCGCAAGCUGAUUUGCUGA